AUGGCGGCGGUGGCGGGAGGCGGCAGCGGCGAGGGGGGCGCGGGCCUGGGCGGCGCGGCGGGGUCGGGGUCGGCGCUGCGCGGGCGGGGCCCCUCCGGCGGCGCGAGCGAGGACGCCCGGGGCCCCGCGCCCAGCGCGCUGCACCCCGAAGAGGUCGCCGCGCGGCUGCAGCGGAUGCACCGGGAGCUGAGCAACCGCAGGAAAAUCCUGGUGAAAAACCUGCCCCAGGACAGCAACUGCCAGGAUGUUCAUGAUUUAUUACAAGACUAUGAGUUAAAGUAUUGUUAUGUGGACAGAAAUAAGCGAACAGCUUUUGUUACCUUACUGAAUGGGGAGCAAGCCCAGAAUGCAAUUCAGAUGUUUCAUCAGUAUUCUUUUCGAGGAAAGGACUUAAUUGUUCAGCUCCAGCCAACAGAUGCUUUGCUGUGUAUUACCAACUUGCCCACUUCUUUUACAUUAGAAGAGUUUGAAGAACUUGUUCGUGCUUAUGGAAAUAUCGAGAGAUGUUUUCUAGUCUACAGUGAAGUUACUGGCCAUUCCAAAGGCUAUGGAUUUGUGGAAUACAUGAAAAAGGACUUUGCUGCAAAGGCUAGAUUGGAGUUAUUGGGUAAACAAUUGGGAGCAUCAGCUCUGUUUGCACAAUGGAUGGAUGUUAAUCUAUUGGCCGCAGAGCUCAUUCAUUCUAAGUGCCUUUGUAUAAAUAAACUCCCUAGUGACUACAGGGAUUCAGAGGAGCUGUUGCAAUUUUUUUCCAAUAUACAUAAACCUGUGUUUUGCCAGCUUGCACAGGAUGAAGGUAGUUAUGUUGGUGGCUUUGCAGUGGUUGAAUAUAACACUGCGGAGCAUGCUGAAGAGGUUCAGCAAGCAGCUGAUGGUAUGACCAUCAAGGGAAGCAAAGUCCAAGUUUCCUUCUGUGCCCCCGGAGCGCCAGGGCGAAGUACGUUAGCAGCAUUGAUAGCAGCUCAACGUGUGAUGCACAGUAAUCAAAAAGGCUUACUUCCAGAGCCAAAUCCUGUACAAAUUAUGAAAAGUUUAAACAAUCCCGCCAUGUUACAAGUUCUUCUACAACCCCAGCUCUGUGGGCGAGCUGUUAAACCAGCAGUUCUCGGAACACCUCACAGCUUGCCCCAUCUGAUGAACCCAUCCAUCUCCCCUGCGUUUUUGCAUUUGAAUAAAGCCCAUCAGAGCGCAGUUACGGGUAAUACUUCCAAUUUAUUCCUUCAGAAUCUUUCUCACGUACCACCAGUACAGCAACAGUUACUGAAGUUUGAGAAUAUUCAUACUAAUAAUAAACCAGGCUUACUUGGCGAUCCCCCAGCCGUGGUACUUCAAACCACAGUAGGGAUAGGGUCAGCACUUCCUUUGAAAACAGAGUUGGGUCAUCCUGGAGAAGCACACAAAACAUCUAAUCUGAUUCCAACUCAAACAACUCUAACAGCUGGAAUGGGCAUAUUACCAUUCUUUCCAAAUCAGCACAUUGCUGGACAAGCUGGGCCAGAGCAUGGGAAUGCUCAAGAGAAACAACCAGCCUUGGUGGGGAAGGCAGAAGGAAAUUUCUCAGGGUCACAGGCUUAUCUUCAGAGCUUUCCAAACCUUACUGCUGGAGGCUUGCUGACGGGACACCAUAAGCAACAGCAAAGUCAGCCAAGAGGCACGGAGAUAAGUUCAGGGGCUGCCUCUAAGAAUCAGACUUCACUGUUGGGAGAACCACCAAAAGAAAUACGGCUCAGUAAAAAUCCAUACUUGAACUUGGCAAGUGUGUUGCCCAGUGUGUGCUUAUCAUCCCCUGCAAAUAAAACCACUCUACAGAAGACUGGAAUUGCAAGCAAUAUUCUGGAUGCAGUCUUUCAGGGAAAUGAAUCACAACACACAUUGGAAAAGUGCAUUUCUUAUUCUCAACCUUUUGGUGAUUAUGCACAGGUAUCCUCUUUAAGAAAUGAAAAGCGAGGCUCAUCAUAUCUCAUCUCUGCCCCAGAAGGUGGUUCUGUGGAAUUUGUUGACCAGCAUUCUCAGGGCACAGGAGCUUAUUACAUGGAAACCUACUUUAAAAAGAAGCGCGUAUAUUGAGUUAAGUUCUCUCCUUAUAACCUCAUAAGGUUUUUUGCAGUAUCUCUGCUGUUCAUUGCUGCCUUAACUACAUUCAGACUAGCCAUAUCCUUUAAAUACGGGUUUCUAAUUUCCCAGAAGGAACUGUAUUGUGCAGCAAGCAGAAUUGCCAAAUAAAAAAUAAGUAGCAAUAAAAUAAUACAGGACAUUUUCCAUUACAAGUAGAUGCAUCUUAAUUGGUAUUAACUUAUAGUCCACUGGAGAAAUUAACAAUGUUCCAAUAUUCCUUGUUUAGGACUGGGAAUAAUUUUGACACCAUAUAUAAAAGUAUGAAGCAAUAAAUGGGAAACGGUCUUGUUUCCUGAGCCUUAGAAGAAUGAGUUUCUUAUAUGCCACUGUGCAUUUCAAUCUACUUUCCCUAGAAGUAAUC